AUGGGCUGCACAUCUUCCAAACAAAAAGGCCAAGUUUCCCCGGUCAUCGACCCCAAAGCGGGCACGACACCACAAACACAGCCAACCGCCGAGCCACAAAUGUCGCAAAUGGCGAAAGCGUCCAACACCAUCAGUCCGAUUACGAUAGAUUCGCAAAAUGAUCAGAGUCCUACUACGAAAGGAGAUAAGCCACGGAGCGCGGGGUCGGGAUCGGAUGGUAGAAGGGAUACAGGGAAAGCGUUGGGGUCUGCAUCGGAUGUUUCUAGGAGUAAAGGCGAGAUUGCACCACUAGACAAACCGCUCAUGCCUGCAAUUCGCAGCGGCAGCGGUAAACCAUCGUCUGCGCCUAAUGCUGCUGUUGUGGGCCCUCAACCGCAAAACAUCGUGGUCGCUACCGCUACGGGGUUGAACAACAGCUUUCCUGAUGUUCCCUCCUUAUCCAAAGCAGCCGAACCGCACCGCCCCGUCGCCUUCGAAAUCCCGCUCGGCGACUCCCUUUUCGGCCCGGCCACGGAAGGGAAGCCAAAGCCCGCGCGAUCCAAUGGCAGCAUCAACAACACGGGCAGGUUACCGAGCUUGGGAGGCAUGAUGACGGAGACGAUGCAGAUGAAGUUGGCGAAUUCGGAUGCGAGGUGGAAGGUGAGGGCUGAGAUUGAUCGGGUGCUUGAUGGGGAAAUGGACCAACACGAACAAGACCUCAAAAACCUCAAAACCCGUCGCCGUCGUCACGGCUCCAAGCCCGAACUCAGCUCCGCCGCGCGCCCCAAGACCCGCGAAGGCGGCCGACCCCCACGCCUCACCACCUCCACCCCGUCCCUCACCUCUUCCCUCAGCCCCGCCGAAGCGGAGGCGGCCGACAUCGCGUUGAAGCAGCGGUUAUUGGAGAAAGAAGCGCAGGCGCAACGUAACCGUGCACGCGAGUUGGAAAAAUUGCAAAACAAGUUGGCGAGGAUGGAUGAGCAUGUGAGGAGGGUGCAAGAGAGGAAGAGGGAGUUGGAGAGGGAGGAGAGUGAGGGCGGAGUGGAGGUUGAGAGUGGGAGUGCGGUCUCUUUGGUUGUUUGAGAUGGGACGGGAUAGCAUUAUUAGAAGGGGUGGAGGUGGACAACAUUAUGGUGAUUGGGGGCAUUUGUGGGUUGCGUUUGGGGCGAGGAACAUGAGAUGGGAAGGAGAAAAGGGGGGGGGGGGCAUUAUUGACUGAGUGACAUGGAGAGGGGGAAUGAUAUGUGCUAGCAACAUUGGUUCCCUUUCUAUGAAAAAUGCGUAUAUCUGAAGACCGGUGGAUUGUACCGGGGACGAAAAAUGGGUUGUGGUUUAUACGAACGAAAGAAGAUGUAUCGCAUCAUGGAGAACAUAGUACCAUUUGCCCAAGCCGACCGGCGAAGGAUGUACGUCUCCUAUGUCUGGCGGACGGAAGAAGCCUGAUUUGCCGCCCACAUGGCAAACAAACCGGCUGUGGGCAAGACGAGGGUAGCGUUCCAACA